AUGGGAAAUUUCAAAGCGGCGGCCUUGGCUGUGGCGACCAUCCUCGGCGUCUCUUCAUUUGCUUCCCAACACCACGGACCGAGCCCCGAUUUACCCGAUUUCCGGCAACCCAACGAUAGCGUUUUGGAAGAGUCGAUGGUCAGGUUCAACCACAGCGUCGCCCGCAAUUUUUCUUCGCUGGUGUUUGACGUGACGCGAGGGCAACUUAUCGUGGCCGCAAGGGACUAUCUAUUCCGCUUGAGCUUGGACGGAUUGGCUCUCUUGGAAGAAUCGCGCUGGCCAGCCGAUGACAAAGCGGUCGACGACUGCCAAAAAAACGACCAACGGGAAGACGACUGUCACAACUUCAUCCGCGUUCUGCACGUCCACGGUGAUCGACUUCUGGCGUGCGGGACCAACGCCUUCACUCCUCGCUGCUCCUGGCGUCCGCUCAAGGCCAUCAACAACAUCUCGGAAUGUUUUCCGUGCCUUGCCAGGUGUCCGCACAGCCCUCACAGUCACAUGAGCAGUUUACUGUCGAGUGGACCGGCUGGCACUGCCGAUUUGUUUAUCGGUUCGCCGACAGACUUGUCCAGCCAGGAGGUGGCCAUCUUCCGGCUGCCUUUGAAUUCGUCCGUUUCCAGCACAUCGGCUGACAGUUUCAUUGCCGGCCCGCAGCUUGGGCAUUUGAGGACGUUGCCAAACAACGUCAACUGGCUGAACGCUGCCGAAUUUGUGGCGUUGGUGGAAGUGGACCAGUUUGUCUUUUUCUUUUUCCGAGAGGUGGCCGUCGAGGUCAGCAACUGCGGCAAGGCCGUUUACUCCCGUGUGGCCCGGGUCUGCAAGAACGACAUGGGCGGUGGCCAGCAGCAGUUGCUCAAAGACAGUACGUGGACGACCUUUGUCAAAGCCCGGCUCAAUUGCUCAGUGCCGGCCGAGUCUCCGUUCUACUACGACCACAUUCAGAGCGUCGCCUACGUGGAAGAGGAGCGGCUCUUUUACGCCGCCUUCACAACAGCCGAAAAUUCAAUUGCUGGAUCGGCCGUUUGUUCCUUCACGCUGGAUUCGAUACAAGAAUCGUUCGCCGGUCCGUUCAAAAUCCAGUCGAGUCCCAAUUCGACCUGGGAGAGUGUCAACUCGACUCACGCCCACUCGCAUUGCAAUUCUGUUGACCCGAGCAGUUCCUUGCUGGAAGCUGCUGGAAAGUAUCAGCUGUCGGAUCGCGCUGUCCCAUCUCGAUCCGGCAAAGGACCACUGAUCCAGCUCGAUUCGGGACGAUUUAACCACAUUGCCGUCGACGUGGUUGCCACUAAAAAUCAUUCGUCCAUUCACGUCCUCUACGUGGCAUCUCGAGACGGUCUCGUUCGCAAAUAUUCCGUCUUUCCCGGGACUCAGGAACGCUGUCUGGUCGAAAUUGUCGAUCCUUUUGCCCGGUUGAGCCAACCGGCUGACCGCCAGAUCAAAACGAUGCAAUUCCUCAAAGUGCAGAACGCGCUGUACAUUGGAACGGAAAACGAGGUGAUCCGACUGGCCAGUCAACGAUGCAAGCGAUUCGCCAACAGGACGCAGUGUCUCGAUUUCGUGGAUCCUUAUUGCGGAUGGCAGUCGCAACUGGGCGAGUGUUCGCCUCCACCCGACAACAAUCCGCACGCCUCCUGUUGGGAGCAGCAAACCCUCACCACCUGCCCCACAUUCAUCACUCCAGCAGUGCGUCUGCCCAUCUUGGUGAUGUACAUUGAAGAAAAAGGCGUCAACGGCGAAUCUUCUACGAUUGUCGGAGGCGAAGGCGUUUGUGGCUGCAAUGAGAGUUCCAUCAUCGCCAAACUGGCCGAGCAAGUCAAACAGGGAGCACCGGGUCCGCCGGGCGUCGACGGCAAACCUGGCAUGACGGGCAUUCCGGGAGCUCAAGGUCAGACGGGACCGACUGGACCUGAAGGCCCAGCUGGAGAGAAAGGAGAACGCGGCGAUUCCGGCCCAAUUGGCAAAGAAGGGCCUUCUGGACCCAAAGGCGAGCCCGGUCGUGAUGGAUCACCUGGUGAUCUAGGAAAACCUGGACAGCCUGGACCACCGGGUGUGUCCAGCGGACCACUGGUCCUCGAAACGGAAUGA